ACCCCUAUGCCGCAAUCGUUGACGUUUUAUAAUGCCCCUCUCUCUCUCUCUCUCUCUCUCUCUCUCCCUUUCCGUUCCCUGUAGAAGCCAAACCAAAGAGAAAGCUCCAGCUCUCGCUCUCCCUCGCUCUUGUUCUCCGAAGAAUUGAGGCUUCUCCGAUCAAUAUAUGGAGAGUAUACGGAGGCAAGCGAGCAAGCUCAGGGAGCAAGUUGCCAAGCAACAGCAGAUAGUGUUGAGACAAUUAGGACAUUUCAGUCAUGAAGCAGUCAUGGUUGACGAAGCUGAGCUUCAAUGUCACCAACAACUUCAGAAUUUGUACAAUUCUACAAGGGCAGCUAAGCAUUUUCAGCGGAAUAUUGUUCGUGGAAUUGAAGCCUUUGUUUCUUUGAGCUCAAAGCAAAUGGAGAUAGCAAGGAAGUUGGCUCAAGAUUGUCGUAAAUAUGGAGAUGAGAAUCAAAGCACUAGUUCUCCUCUUGCGAGAGCUUCACUUCAGUUUGGUACAUCACAUAUUUCAAUUGAGGAGGAAAGGGAGACUUUACUUGGGAUCCUUCGUGAUCAGGUAUCUGAGCCACUACGUGCACAAAUAACAGGAGCUCCUCUGGAAGAUGCUCGCCACUUGACACACCGUUACGAUAAAUCGUGGCAAGGAGUUGAAACUCAGGCAGCUGAAGUAUUGAGACGUCAAUUGAAGUCGACGGAUUCCUCUAUUUCUGUCGAGGGUUCAAUGCGGCUUCAGCAUGCAGAAGCAAGACUGACUGAGCUAAAAUCUAUAAUGAUGGCACUUGGGAAAGAAGCAACUGCUGCCAUGUUGUCAGUUGAGGGCCAGCAACAACAAUUAACUUUUCAGAAGCUUCUUACUAUGGUGGAUGCUGAGAGAACCUAUCAUCAAAAGGCUCUUGCUAUUUUAGAGAAGCUGAAUGUUGAGAUGAUACUGGAGAAGCCGCCAAAAGAGGUCUCAUUGCCAUCAGAGAGAAUGCAGGGAGAUGUGCAUGAUCAGCAUGUGCAUGAAAACAUGAAGUCAACUGGAUCUGGUAAUCAUGGACUGAUUGUUCAAAAUGAAAAGUUCUUUAAUGCAAAGGCCAUACAUUCCUUUGAUGCUCAAGCAGAUGGGGAGUUAAGCCUGUCAGUGAAUGAUUAUGUUGUUGUUCACCAGGUGGCCCCUAAUGGAUGGUCCGAAGGAGAAUGCAACAGCAAGUUGGGAUGGUUUCCCUCUGCUUAUGUAGAAAGGCAAGAGAAAGCACCAGCUAGCAAGGACCAGGGAUGUGGGUUGAGGGAGGCUCCAGCUCCUCUUGAUUGCAAACAAGGUCUAGUUUGGGUGGCCAAUAUCACGUGUGAUAUUUUUUUUUUCCAAGAAUUGAAUUGUUAUGGGUUAUGCCUUUUAGACCGGUGGACUUCCUUCCAAGCUAAUGAGGCCUUUGAGGCAACUACUCGCAAGUGGCAACGAUCUAAAUAAUGGUUCCAACAUGUAUGUGCUAAUGCAUUUGGUGCAAGAGGAAUGAUGGAAGCUUCAAAAACCAUGAGGCAACAAUUGAUGAGCUUAAAGUUUUUUUUCUUUCAGAACUUUGUUCUUAUGGGCGGAGGCGGGCUAUUGUUUGUAAUGGGCUAAAAGUUCAUGGUCCUUCUACUCUCUAUUAUAAACUCUAAUUAGGUUAUUUUCUUGUAUAUUUUUUGUGUAUUUGGAUUUUGCCUAUUUC